AUCCCCGGGGCACCGCCGGGGAACGCGGCUCCGGCCCAUCGCGCUCUCCCCGGCUUCUUUUCCGACGUCUUUGAGGCAGGGAAAGAGAAGAUCCUGCUCCUGUGGCUGGUUGGUGUGGGGUGAAGGAUGGAUUGCUGGGGAGCAGGAAGAAGCCCACGCACGUGACGGUGAACUGCUGGUUCUGCAAUCAGGACACGGUGGUGCCCUACGGGAACCGCAACUGCUGGGACUGCCCCAACUGCGAGCAGUACAACGGCUUCCAGGAGAAUGGAGACUACAACAAGCCCAUCCCUGCCCAGUACAUGGAACACCUUAACCACGUUGUGUCGGGCAGUCCAACUUUCUGUGACCCUACCAAACCACAGCAGUGGGUGAGCAGCCAAAUUCUGCUCUGCAAGAAAUGCAACAACCAUCAAACCAUGAAAAUCAAACAGCUGGCUUCAUUCUCACCAAGGGAGGAGGGCAAGUACGAUGAGGAGAUUGAGGUGUACAAGCACCACCUGGAGCAGACCUACAAGCUGUGCCGCCCGUGCCAGGCCGCUGUGGAGUAUUACAUCAAGCACCAGAACCGGCAGCUGCGGGCGCUGCUGCUCAGCCACCACUUCAGGCGCCGGGAGACCGACAAGAGCUACAGCCAGAAUCUGUGUUCAUCCUCCUCUUCCACUUCCAUCACCACACCAGCCCAGGUGAUACUUCUGCGGUUCCUGGCCUUCCUCAGCUGUGCAUUCCUGGUUCUGAUGGCCUUGUAUGGGUCAGGCGACCCCUUCUCCUUCAGCACAGCUGUCCCUGCUCCUGUGCCCCCUGGCCCCGUGUGGAACAGGACUGGUGCGAGCCCCCGUGCCGGCGGGGGCAGUGACAGUGACAGUGCUGGUGGCAGCCCGGGCCGGGGCUGGCGGGAGCUGCUCCGCCUGCUCCCGGAGCGCCUGCUGGAGAACCUGAGCGUGGCCUGGGCCUACGGCAAGAAUCACCAGAUGGCAGUGGCUGUGCUGGGGCUCUUCACCUGCCUGCUGGCCGUGUUCCUGGCUGGGCGCAUCAGGCUCCGGCGAAUCGACGCGUUUGCCUCGCUGCUGUGGUUCCUGGUGAUGAGCCUGCACCUGGCCGAGCGGUACCUGAAGGCAGACACGCCCAGCUGGCUGGACACGGCCAAGUUUGGCACCACGUCCCUGUGCUGCCUGGUGGGCUUCACCGCAGCCGUGGCCACGCGGAAGGCGACGGGCCAGCGGAGACCCCGGCCCCGAAGGUACCUCUCCGGGGACUCCGUUACUGUCUUUCCCAGCAGCCCUGGCACAGCCUUCCCUUCACCUGCCACGUCUCUGUUUGUCCCAACUCCACCCAGUAUCCUGCACCUGACAAACCAGCAGCUCUUCAGGUCCCCACGCAGAACGGCCUCGUCCUCCCUUCCCGGCCGCCUGAACAGGGCGCUCUCGCUGGGCACCAUCCCCUCGCUGGCCCGGGCAGAUUCUGGCUACUUGUUCAGUGGAAGCCGGCCAGCCUCGCAGUCAUCCCACUCCAAGGAAUCCCCUACAGCAGAUCCGCUCUCCCUGCUGGCGGCCGGCCGUGCCCCGUCCCGCCUGCCGUCCCCGGCGCCGUCGGUGGCCGGCUCGGUGACCUCCAGCUCGGGCUCGCUGCGCCUCCGCCGCCCGCUCAUCAGCCCCGCCCGCCUCAACCUGCAGGGACAGAAGCUGCUGCUGUUCCCGGCGCAGGGCGAGGCGCUGCUGGCCCCGAGCGGCUCCGAGGAGCACCCCCAGCCCGACAGCAACGCCUUCUCCCCCGAGCUGGCCGGCUGCCCCCGCAGGAGCCUGGCGCCGCCCGAUAUGAGGUCUGCUGUGGAAGGGGGGAGCGUUUGCAGUGAUAAUUCCAUCAAAAAGGAGGAUCACUCGUCACACUCAUCUACCUGUGUGGUAGACACAACUACCAAAGGGGAAGAUUUGGCAGGCUGGAGAGGUCGCUUUGGGACCUCUGCCCUCCGGGGGCUGCUGGCCGUGAGCCUGACCCUCAAUGCUGUCUUCACUUCAGCCUAUGUCUACAGGAGCCUGCGCUGACAGCUGCCAGCCCUCCCUUUCUCUCUGGUUCCACCUGGUCCUGAGGAGAUGAGAGCUACUCAACCACGGCUUCAUGGCCAAGGCCAUGCCACCGGUGCAUGCUGUUCAUUAAAAAACUACUGUACACUCAGCUGGCAUGAAAAGGAACCUGGGCAGCUGCUGCCAUCACUUCCAGGUAGAACAUAUCCCAGGACUGUCCCUGGAGAUGGCAGGCAGCAUUCCCAGCUCCAGCUCAAAGCAGGAGGCCAGUCCAAUGGCCCACACACUUCCUUUCAAAAGAACUGACCUGAGACACAAGCCUGAAAAUGUGUGAGCUGCGUUUUUGGGAACCUACCCCAGCUCUUCUUUCUGACAUAUUGACCUCGUGCUGAUGGUGCUGGUAAAAUGGGGAGAAUUAGAGCAAAAGAGCUGAACAAGAGGGAUGGCUUAGUAGCUGGUGCUGGGCUUUGGCUACUGUAGCAGCAUCCCCAGGCUCUGCUCUGUGGUUCCUCUUCUCUCUGGCAUUCUCCUCUAGGUUGUCAGUGAACUUUCUUUAGUUGCCUUAAGCUUUCCUAAGCACAUGGGUGACCUUGGCUGCUCUGUCAUGUUCUUGCAUCUUAGAUGUCCUUGUGCUUCCUGAGGCCACUUUCACCAGUUCCACUGUGGCCAUGCUGGUUCUCAGCCCCCUGUGUGUGCCUGUGUCCAGCCAGCCCUGUGGCUGCAGGGCUGCCCAGCCCCACACAGACACCCUGUGCUGGCUGCAGCAGAACCUGGGAGCCCCUGCUCUCUCUGCCCAGCAGGCAUUAACUGUGUUACUCUGAAGUGGCAAAAAGAAAGGAUCCCGGUGUGAUUUACACCACAAAGGGCCUCAGCUCACAGCUCUGCUGGGGUUUUCACUGAAGCAGUGAGGGGCAGAGCCUGUUGUUGCUGUAAAUGGCACAAAUCUGUUCUGUUAGGGGCAGGUGAGGAGCUGUCUGAUUGUAUACAUCUAUCCAGAAACCUGGCACCUCAGUCUGAUCUUGGGGUUUGCUAAGGAACUGUUUAAGAUAUUUCUUACUUAGUAAAAUGCCCAGGUGCUCUCAGUGAGAAAUGCCAAACCUGCUUCUGGACAAUUCAGCCUUCUGGAUAGAUUCUUCUUUUCUAGCCCAAGGAAAGUAGUAGAUUUUCUAAAGCAGUUUGUAAUUUGGGUAUUUCUGCUUUUGGGUAAGUCUUCAGCAUUGCUUAGAAUUCAGGGGCCAUUUAGAACAUUGUGCUGAACACUCAGAAUCAUUUAGUGCAUCGUAGGGAAAACCAGGAAAUCCUGAUCUUGAUGUUUUGGUUCCCAAAACCCAAGUGCAGAGAGAAGAUUUACCAGUGUAUGAAAAACACCUGGUGAGAAGAGAGUUGACUGGCAUUAGCUGUGCAUUUCCUGAAGCAGGACUUGGAUCUGUUUAGAGUUUUUCUGUUGUCUCUUCCUUUGGGCUCCUUUACCUCAAAUUUCAGUGCCCCACCCCACUGCCCUGUGUUUGCAUCCUGAAUUGGUGGUUGCUGUGUCUUUCCCUCCCUCCCAGUUCGCUGCUGUUCCUCUCUUGUGUUCCUGCAUGUGCACAGGACAAGGUGUAACUGCUGCUGACAUUCUCUGCUCUGAACCUGAGCCCCACCUCAGUGAUGAUCACCCUUCCUUUCACUUUGUUGGCUUUUUCUGUUGCAUGUUUUAGUUGAGCUCCUCCCCAGCCUCUCUUGGUAGCCCAUGGGAGCCCUAGCCAGACUGAUCAGUGUGCAUGUGACAGCAUAAAUGGGGCUUUGCUGCUGCUGAAAAACUGAUUGUCUCUGAGUUUUCCAAGUCUCCCUGCAUGGUUUGAGCUGCCCACUUCCAGCUGCUGCUCCUGCCCUCCCUGUGGGUGAGACUGGUCCCUGCUGUGCCUGCGGGGGAGGCCAGGCCUGCACACACACGUGCUGAUCCGAGGGGCUGAGGAAGGUCCCUCCUGACCCUGCCUCUCCCUCGGCCUCCUCAGAGAGCUGUGCAGGGCUGCACAGCCAGCACCUCCUGGACACAGGCCCAGAGCCACGAGAGACCUGCAGCACAAAGCUGGGCUGCAGAUGGAUGAUGAGUUCUAUUGUAACUUGCAUGAAUUGCUCCUUGUAGCCAAACUGGACCCAUAACCUUUUGUCCCUUUUAUGGACUUUGCACGCUCACCCAGGCAUGUGUACAGGCAGGAUGAUGGCAGAGCAGCUGCCAAGCUCCUCUUUCAGCCUCAGCUCUCUGGGUUUCAUGAUGUUCUGGUGCAGUGUGUGACGUGCCACUCACAGAUCCCUGUCCUACACAGAGACAAGCUGCCCGGAGAUGCUGUGGCUGUGCUUGUCCUUACCACCCAGCAGGUGUGCACUGUGACUUCAUGUAUGCAAACCCCCACUCCCACCUCCCAGCCUGCACUGAGUUUCACCACCACACUCGACCAGACUGCAAUAGCAGCCUUCCCCUCCUCUCCACAGCCCAGGAGCUGCAGCAUCUCCACAGCCCAGGAGCUGCAGCAUCUCCACAGCCCAGGAGCUGCAGCAUCUCCACAGCCCAGGAGCUGCAGCAUCUCCACAGCCCAGGAGCUGCAGCAUCUCCACAGCCCAGGAGCUGCAGCAUCUCCACAGCCCAGGAGCUGCAGCAUCUCCACAGCCCAGGAGCUGCAGCAUCUCCACAGCCCAGGAGCUGCAGCAUCUCCACAGCCCAGGAGCUGCAGCAUCUCCACAGCCCAGGAGCUGCAGCAUCUCCACAGCCCAGGAGCUGCAGCAUCUCCACAGCCCAGGGGCUGCAGCAUCUCCACAGCCCAGGAGCUGCAGCAUCUCCACAGCCCAGGAGCUGCAGCAUCUCCACAGCCCUCUUCCGCCCAGCCGCGUUCCGGAGCAGGAGCGCCGUGACUGUCCCUGCACUUCUGAGGCUGCUCUCUCAAACUGCUCCUGGGAGGGGUUUGGUGACCUUGUCCAAAGCAAUAGAGAGACUUUGGGGUUUAUUACUGAAGAGGGGAGUUUUUCAUUCUGGUGCUAGAACUCUCUCCCGUGGUGCUCUCACGGUUGUGAAGCCUUUGCUUGAGGAACACACGAGUGUGUGUGGGUGUGAGUGUGAGUGUGUGUGCAUGCAGAUGUACAAAAACAUUUGCAAGGUUUCUUCAUUUCAGAAGAUCUGAGCCCAUGUGUGUUGCUAUAUUGUUGGCCUUAAUCUAGCUCGUAGAUACUGUGUCUAUCUUGCUGCUCUUUUCUGUACACAGCUGGUUUGGAGGAAGCAGAAGUUUAUCUGGUCCCCUGUAAAAAUGUCUGUGACUGAUGAUGUUGAUCUUCAUACAGUGUUGUUCAGAGGGGAGAUUUUAUUUUUCUAAUACUUUUCCUACUGUAAAAAUCGUUGGAGUGUAUGGAGUGGGAAAGAUCUUUACAAAAUUUCCUGAUAAAGAUCUGAACAUGACUUAAUAAUACCAACAAUUAAUGAUGAGGUCGAGUAUGAAUGAGAUUUAUUUACAGACCUUUUCCAUUUCCUACUUUCCAUUGAAAAUGUCAAGGUACUUCUUCUUUGGCUAUGGGCUUGUUAGGCAUGUUCUGAGACCUUGCAGAUACUUUAGAUGAUUUUGCUGUUCUGUAUUAGAAAGAAUUUUUUAUUUUGGAGUCUGGUUCCACAGUCUGGGGAGUUUGGCAGAUGUGACAAAUAUUAUGCACACAUCUAUUUGAUGGGAUAGAGGGAGUGGGUAGAACAAGUUGCUGGUUUCUGAAGUUUAUCAUACAUUUUAUCAUAAAAUUUUAGACAUUAAAUUGGUCACUGGGGGUAGAAAUCUCAUUGCUGGCAUAUGUAGGCCAGAUUCACUGAAUUUUAGGCUAUUUGUUCAAGCAACAGAUGGGGCCUGUGAAUGUUUGAUUCCCACUCCCUGUUCCUGGGUGCUGGGAACAUCUGUAAAUCCCUGCUGAGCUGGCUGGGGUCCUUGUAACGGGGCAGCUGGACUGAAGGGCUUCUGUUGCCUGUGGAUGCUGCUAUAUUUUUCUUCCAAGCACCAUUCCUGGAAAUAACAAUGGUCUUAACCUCUCUCACAGGCAUUUGUUAAAAGGCUAGAAUGGGCCAAUUUGGCCAAUACUUUUUUUUUUUUUUUUUUUUUUAAGAUAUAUGUUGCAUCCAGAAAUUAAUCAUCACUGUGUUCUGGGGUGGGAGUAAGGUACAGAGUAUUUUUGGAUUGAAUGAGUAUCUAGAGAGGGUGAGGAGGACACUUUCAAGUCCUAAACCUUAUUUCCUGUGAAAGAAAGACUGUAUGUUAUAUGUGUGUGUUCUUUGGGGAGCUCUGUCACUGUACAGUUUAGUUAAACAUGCUCCAAGGAAGGACAAGCUGUUCCUCGGAGGUUUUUAGUUCAUGCUUUGUUUAAAGAGGAAUAUUUUUCUUUAAAAAAUAAAACCGGAUAAGUUUUCA